GCCUGCACGAACCCAACACAGACCGACUCGGCUCAGCACUAUCGGUCGUAUUAUUUUAUCAAUCCUAUGGGAAGGAGAAACUUCAUGCUUGAUGCUGUACCAAAUAACCACUGAAGGAUGUCACAGAGGAGGAAGUUUCAUCUGGAGAAUAAUGAUGACUUGUUUUUAUACAAACUGAAGAUAAUAACUUAUAUAUUUUGAAGAUUGAUUACAUAUCCUGUGGAAAAAAAAAUGUCAGAGAUUUCAGUUUCAAGGAAGCCUAAGAAUCAUGUGUGUUCCUUCUGUCAAAAGAAAUUUCUACACAAAACAGAGCUGAAAAAGCACCAUCGAUCUCACACUAAGGAGAAACCGUUUGUUUGCAAAGAGUGUGGUAAGGCUUUCUCCCUUAUUGGUAACCUUAGCAGACAUAAAGGCGUGCAUAGCGGCUUGAAGCCCUUCGAAUGUGCUGAUUGCUUAAAGAGAUUUUCAGAGAAAGGAUCCCUCAAAAAGCAUAUAGCUAUCCAUACUGGUGAAGAACCUUAUAAAUGUACAAUAUGUGAAAAAAAGUUUACUCAGAAGGCACACUACAGGGCGCAUAUGUAUCGGCAUACGGAUGAGAGGCCAGUGCAAUGCUCUCUCUGCCCUAAAAGAUUCAAAAGUGAAGAGAGAUUAUCCAUGCAUAUGCAGACACACUGUCAAGAGCGACGAUUUAAAUGCCCUGAUUGUGCCAAAGCCUUCAAGACAAAAGCAUCUCUUACAAAGCAUGCUCUCGUUCAUAGUACUAUAUCAUAUAAAUGUUCUCAAUGUGAGAAAACAUAUAAAAGAAAAAGAUCUCUAAAGCGUCAUGUGAAGUUUCAUGAAGAAGAAGUUCAGUUCCGUAUGCGCGAGUCGUUUUUCGAAAAGCACGUUUUAGACCCUGCACCCCGUAAUGUAUCAUUUAAAUGUUCUCAGUGCGGGAAAUCAUAUAAAAGAAAAAAUUCUCUAAUACGUCACAUGAAGUGUCAUGCAGAAAGAAAGUUUCAGUGCCAUAUUUGUGAGUCAUCAUUUUUGGAAAACAAUGCUUUGGAAAAGCAUGUUUUAGACCAUGCAACUAAAAACUACCGGUGCACAGAUUGUGGAAAAUUAUACUUAACCCAGCACACGCUCAGUAGACACCCUUGCAUGUAUGCGGUGAAAGCAAUUGCAUGUCAGAAAUGCAAUAAAACCUUUACAAGAAAAUAUGCAGCAAACAGACAUGUUUGCAAAGAGAAGGGGGACAAGAUAACUGACAUAAAAAAUAAUUUGUUGACUCAUAAGCAAGAAAAAGAGCAGGAAGACUCCAAAAUUAGCGUAACUUGCAGUUCCAUUAAAGAAAACAAGUUGGAUUGCAAAAGUACUCAUAAUGCUGAAGAUGAUGGGAUAUCCACUGAGUGUCAGUACAAUAAUGAUAUUGUUUAUGUGAAAAUGGAGGAAUUCAUUUUACCAGAUGAUUAUCAAGAAGACACUCCUAUGGAUGAACACAGUGCUACAGAUCCAAAGGCUGACCCUCUCUGUAGUGAUGUUAAGAUAAUGUUAAAUACAGAUACCAAAGAUAAGAAUACAAACAUCUGUCCUGGAGACAAGGGGGUUCAUCAGAGUAAUAUGAUCGAGAUUAGUGAUAAAGUAAUACCAAAAAGGGAACCUCCAGAUUUGUGUAUCAAUGUUCAUAUAAAACAAGAUGUUGAAAGUACUGAUCCAUUUGUUGAUCAUGAUUUAUAAGUGUGUGUGUGUAUAUAUGUAUAUAUUUAUAUAAGUAUAUAUAUAUAUAUAUUUACAUAAACACACACACACACACACACACACA